AUGAAUCAAGAAAAUACAGCUGUGAUUCCUUUGGAAUCGGACCCUACGGUAUUCACUCAAUUUGCAAAAUCGCUAGGCCUUGCACCUGGCUUUAAAUUUAUAGAUAUAUAUUCGAUAGAUGAUGAAAACUUAAUAGCCUUUUUAGAGAGACCAAUCAUAGCAAUCAUUCUUUUAUUCCCUGUUCAAAAGAAUGUUUCUGCUGAAGUCACCACUAAACAAUCUUCCAAUUUGCCGAUUAGGGACACAUCAAAACCAAUCUGGUUGAAACAAACGUUUAAGAACGCAUGUGGAUUAUAUGCUUUACUACAUACCUUGACGAACAACCCAAAUUUAUUGACAUCUGAUUCAAUUCUUUUGAAAUACUGUCAACAGAAUAAUAAUGAUAUGAACGGUAAACUAAGUCAAUUUAUUAUUGAUUUUACGAACGAAAAUAAGCAACAAUUUGAGCAAGGUUCAGGUUCGUCUGAAAAUCCAGAUCCUGAAGCAGUGAUUGAUUUACAUUUUAUAACAUUCGUUUCAAAGGAUCAAAAGUUAUGGGAAUUAGACGGUAGAGCCAAGAAUGAGUCACCCUUCUACCUUGGAGAGGUUCAAAAUAUUGAUAAGGAUUCACAAUACGUUGACUUGAUCGAACAACCGUCUAUAAGAGAGAGAAUAUUGAGUUAUAUGAAUAAUGUCGAGAAUGAGAAUGAUAAAUUAAAUUUUUCUUUAAUAGGUUUUGCACAAUCUUUUGAUUAA